GCAGAGAGAGGAACAGUGAAGGCACUUAAUCUGCAGCCAGCUGUAACCCAAAACCAUCCCCUCACCCUUCUCUCCAAUUAUGCGGAUCCAAACCCAUAGGCCCCUUCAGUCACCAAUGCUCCCCCAAAGCCCAGAGACAGCCACCUCUAGAUAAAACAAUAACUACUCUCUCAGAACGUUCUGACUAUUAGCUUGGCUCACCUUGGUCCAGGUCAAUGGGCUGACCUCUCCCAGCAUCUGCUUGUCAAGUUGGACUUCCCAGAUGUCACAGACACUGAUGAUAGGAGACAGUGUGCUCACUCUCCACAGCCCUAUACCCCCUCUCCCAGCCACACAUUCCACCCAACAAGAACUCUGCCCUCGUCUCACUCCCACCAGCCCCCAGUGUGGGGAAAGCAAGUGGGACUGAACAAUGCUGGUACCUGUUCACGGUCUCCCAAUAAGGAAAACAGAACCAUAUCCCGAAGCGUUACCAUGUUACUCAGUCAUUAAAGUACCCUGAGACAGACCGUGGUUACGUGUUCAAGGGGUAUCCAGGGUCAGUAUUGGUUUUGUUCCAGGGAGGAGACCCCCCCACAGGAGAAUGGCUGCGUUAGAGCAAUGGGGAUCUAUGACUGACCCCUAACAGCCCACUGGCACAAUCCAGCAGUGUCUCAGUUCAAGAGAGAGUCAAAGGGGAGAUUACAAACAGAUUCCCAACUGAGGUCACCACUCACUUGUAAUCGACACUCCGCCAUCUUCGAUGGCCCCGGGUCAAACACAGACAUGUGACUGAGGCAUCACUGAGAGAGCUUUCGGUCUCCUCACUGGGGGAGAGGGAGCCUGAGGAAAAGACAGAAUCCUUUACAGACUGCUCCAUGGUUAAAGAGUUGUGAACGCAGCCCAGUUCAUCACGAAAACCAACCUUCCUCCACUGACUCAGUCUACACUCACGUUGCCUUAAGAAAGCAGCCAACAAAAUCAGGGUCCUCCCUCCUCAGUUAUACUCCUCCACUCCCUUUCCAUUGGACAGCAGAUGCAAAAGUUGAAAAACAUGUAUCAACAUAUUUGCGAACAGUUUCUUCCCCAUUGUUAUCAGGCUUAUGACUGACCUCUCAUAGGUUAGAUCUUUCUCUGCACCUGCUCUGUAGCUGGAACACUAUAUUCUGGUCUAUUACCCUGACAUACUUAUUAGAUGAGAUUAGAUUCCCUACAGUGUGGAAACAGGCCCUUCAGCCCAACAAGUCCGCACUGACCCAGACUCAUUGCCCUCUGACUAAUGCACCUAACACUACAGGCAAUUUAGCAUGGCCAAUUCACCUGACCUGCACAUCUUUGGACUGUGGGAGGAAACCGGAGCACCCGGAGGAAACCCACGCAGACACGGGGAAAAUGUGCAAACUCCACACAGACAGACAGUCACCCGAGGCUGGAAUCGAACCUGGGACCCUGGCGCUGGAAGGCAGCAGUGCUAACUACUGAGCCACCUUGCCACACUUACGCAAGUUAUAAUUUGUCUGGUUUUGAACCUUCCAGCUCCUCCAAUCCCAGCUGGAAUGAAACUGAUGUUCAUCACCAACCUCCUGUUCCUGGUGGGGUUAGCAACAGCCAAAGGAGCCACCCCAAAACCGGGCACCGGCCCCCACCAUGCCAAGAGAGGGGAGACCAGCCGAGGGGCCAGGCCCUCAGCUGAGAGCCCAGGGACCAGUGGGUGCACCUACACCUUCAUUGUCCCACAGCAACAACUGACAGGCCCGAUCUGCCUGAACACCAGGAGCCCAGUGUCCCACAAUCACAGUGAGCUCCAGCUCAUACGCCAGGAGAUGAGGGAACAGCAGCAACAAAUCGAAGACCUGAGACAAAUGGUGGAGGUGGACGGGGACGUACUCAACGAGGUGAAGAUUCUGCGCAAGGAGAACCUCAUCAUGAACACCAGGGUGACCCAGCUCUACACCCAGUUACUGCACGACAUCGUUCAGAAGAAGGAUGACUCCCUGGAGGUUUCCCAGCUGGAGAACAUGGUGCUGAACGUCACAACCCAGGUACUGAAGCUCUCGAGCAAGUACAGGGAGCUGGAGCGCAAGUACAUGGCCCUCAGCUCACUCCUGAACAACCAGAGCCAGACCAUCAGACAGCUGGAACAACAGUACAGGCUGUGCGCUCAGGAACACCAGCAGAACCAGCAGCACAAACCCCAGGCACUAGGACAGCCACCACUCGUAGCUGUGAUACCCAACACUCAGAACGCCAGCAACAACUGGAGCAAGAGCUUGGCCUCGGGCAACGAAAUACUGAAGGAUCAGGAUUACAGCGUGGCACAGGACAGGCUGAAGAGGAGAGAGCAGUCACCUCCUCCCACAACAAUCCCGAUGGCAACCACCAAGACAGCCGGUCCCUGGAAGGAUUGUCUCCAGGUUUUGGAAGAUGGUCACCGAUCCAGUGGGAUCUACUUGAUCAAGCCAACCACCAAUCGCCUGAUGCAGGUCUGGUGUGACCAUCAGGAAGGUCCCAGCGGCUGGACUGUCAUCCAGAGACGGCAAGAUGGCUCGGUCAAUUUCUUCAGGACCUGGGAGAGUUACAAGCAAGGUUUUGGCAACAUUGACGGUGAAUACUGGUUGGGUUUGGAAAACAUCUACUGGCUGACCAAUCAGGAUAACUACAAGCUGCGGAUUGUAAUGGAAGACUGGCAAGGCAGGAGAGUGUUUGCAGAGUACGACGACUUCCGGGUGGAGGCAGAGGGAGACUUCUACAGGAUGAGGUUAGGCCAUUACCAUGGGAACGCCGGAGAUUCCUUAUCCUGGCACAACGGCAAGCAGUUCACCACCCUGGACAGGGAUCGGGAUCUGUACUUAGGUAACUGUGCCCACUACCAGAAAGGAGGCUGGUGGUAUUACACGUGUGCCCACUCAAACCUGAACGGGGUGUGGUAUAAAGGAGGGCACUAUCGCAGCAAGUAUCAGGACGGAGUUUAUUGGGCAGAAUUCCGUGGGGGUGCGUACUCCUUGAAGAGAGUGGUGAUGAUGAUCCGCCCAAACCAGAUCCUGCUGUAAACCCCACUCUCUCAGCACUUGUGUCCCAUUGCCCAUGUUAUCACCUCUUCAUACUAUAUUACACAUUGUGUUACAGUCACCAUUGUAUCCACAACAUUACAAACAACUGAACUACCUACCUAGAGUAUACUAUGGCUUGAGGAGUCUCAAGCCGUUUCUUCUGUUCAGCCUGAACUAGAGAAUGGUCCCGAGAACUAAAGUUAAAAAUCACCCAACA